UGCUGUUCGUUGUGGGCUGUUGGUAAUUGACUUAACUAAUCGCUUGCGAUGCAAGUUGAAAGGGUUAAGACUAAGAUGAAACCUAACGUUUCAUUUGACACACUGAAAUAAAUGGCGUCAAACGAGGUAAAGCGAUUACGCAUAUCAAGUGCUAAAGUUACGUAUAGCAGCGCAUCAUAACAGUGGAUCAUGACAUCGUUUUCACACGUUUCACAAGAGGCAUUUAAUAGGAUCGUAUCCAAAAUAUUCUGUAGACAAUUUUCCAACAGUGUUACUAUUUUCUGCUUCCGUUUAGAAGCACUACCUAUAUUUAUUGCUUUAUUCUUCAGAGCUUACCAGCUCAAGAUAAAUAACCAGUAUUAAGCGAGGUUUCGGGAGCCGUUUCAAAAGUUCCGAGCGCUACUUUUAUUUGGUGUGAAAAGCACUUCAUUUACGUAACCGGUUCGACAAGCGCUUAGCAUGGAUAAAUAUGAGCUAAAUUUUAGCAGAGCAAUGUUAAAAGCUAAUGCUAUCAUUAAAUUGUGGGAAAAAGCAUGCACACGGCAUUGACAAUGUACUUUAUUCCGGGUUGAACAGGAUGGGUAGCUGAUGACCGAGAACAGUGCACUGUCUUAGAGCGAGCCUUAUUAGCGGCAAAAAGUCUAAUCCCUACAGAAACACUAAGGUCAUCGCAUAAGGCAAGGAAUUUAAUCUAUUUAUGUCCAGUCAGCGAUUGUUUGCGCUAAAGCGGCGCCAGGAUAUAACGAUGAUAGCUUUAUGAGAUCCCAAUCAAGCCUUUUAGUGCAACUCUGUCAACGCUGGGGGUCUUGGCAGCAAGGAAUUUGCCUGUGCUUUGCUGGACAUAACGUGAGCCUUCCCAAGGUGGCGCAUACAAUUACAAGAACCACGUUAAAGUAGUAACAAUACAUUAUUUCAAAAUAAAUUUGGCAAAGAAUUGUGCAGCAGCUUCGUUCUCCAUGUAGCUAAUUUAGUUUCUUUUAGGGUAUAGAAACAGUACAAGAUUCAGUGAAGCGAUCAUGAAUUGAAGUCGGAAAGCAUGAAGGAUUAAGAAGCGUGUUAUCCCAAGUUGAUAAACUGUAACACGCAUCAUAAAUUAAACUGUGCUUAGACACAAUGUGAAAGUUUCCGAAAGAAUUUUCUGAAUUUAGCCUGUGUAAACAAACAGAAGGAGGUGUUUGACAAAUUAAAAAUGGCCGCUAACUGGUGUGUCCUCUCUUUUUUGUUUGCAGCUAAGUUGGUCAUCGAAUCCGACAACUUUGGGCGAGUACGGAUCCGCGGAGCGUUAACUAAUUAUUACCUGUGCAUUAAAAGGAACGCAACGUUGAUCGGACGAAAGGCCACUAAGUCCAAAAGAUGCGUCUUUUACGAGAAGUACGCGGAAAACCACUACACCGAAUUCCUUUCGGCUUACAACGAGAGCUGGACGAUAGCAGUGUCAAAAAAGGGCACGAUGAGGCCUGGACACAAGGGACAGAGGGGAAAAAAACCCGUUCAAUUUAUUGAACGAGCUUCAAAGAUCAUUAUUCAAACAAAAAAUGUCCAAGAGUCACUUUAUCACGGACUUCGUGAUCACAUUGAGCAGCUGCUGCGCGCGUACAGAGCUAAGGAAGGCGAUAAUAACAAAGAAAAGACAAGGAAAAUGCCACACCCUGGCUACCCAGAGACAAAGAAACAAAAAGCCAAGAUUAAAAGGAGAGAGAAGAAAAUGAAGUUGCGAUCUAAGAACAGGUUGCUAAAAAUGCUUCGGAAAGAGCAGCGCAGGGAACAGAGGAAAGAUAAACCCUAAGUACUGCUAUUUCUUAACCUUGUCCACUUGUUUUAGCCUGUACUUUAUUCUUCAUAAAUAACUGCCACCCAUGAUUCUAGAAAAAGCGUCGAAGAGACCAGCUUUCCUACAUGUAAUCUUUCAAGCCAACGAUUCUGUUCUCUCAAUUUACGAGCCUGGAAAAGGUCACACCAAAAGAGUCUUUAGUCGAAGAAACUAAUCUCUUGGCAUGAGCAUGAUCAUGCAUGCUUUAGGCGAUGUUCUUCAGUUACUUAGAGUCUUCAUAAUCGAUCUUUAAAUUCGUUACAUAAAUUUAAGAGUGGCUAAACAAAGUUGGAAUAGGUGAAGUACAGGAAAACUCCUCGUUAUAGCUGGAUUAAAUUUAUUAUCAGUUUAGAAUAACGAGCAGAAAUUGCAUGGAGACAAAUGCAGGUCGGACGGCAGCACGACCGCUGAAAAUUGAUUUGACAAAACGUGGAAGAGCUAUGGGAAUUUGCAUAAGUUUGUUAUGACUGCGGUAGGACUGAAAGCAAAGAAAUCAUUGUGUUACCGCUGCGCAAAGUGCAACGAGCCAAUCAGAACUCGAACGAAAAACUGGCAACUGGUGACAUGGCAAGCGCGAGGAGUGCCAUGCGUUGUUAAUGGCGAUUGGCGAUUGGUUUUGUUGUUGGGUUUGGCUUUGCACAGUGAUUAGUUAGAGCACUUUACACGAGUUAAUGGCCAAUUCCCUCUACGAGACGUGCUUGCAGGGAAUCAUGGUAAGUAUAUCCACUGAUCAUCUUGGACUGGAUAUUUGUUUUGAUGGAUACAACUACCAUGUUUCCCUGCAGGCGAGUCUCACAGAGGGAAUUAGCCAUCGAGGAGACUUAUGAACCAGUUGCUAAACUCAGCGAAAAAAGAAAGAAAUCCGAAAUGAGUCAAAAGGCAUCAUCAAUCUUGUAACUGCACCGAGUACCAAAGAAUUCAAUAACGACGCCUGACUAUGACUAGGCUGCUUAAUUUUAAUUGAAUUACUCGGCGUUUGCACGAGAGAAUUAUUAUUUUGUGCUAAAAGGCAACAAUUAGAUCUAAAUUAAACCAUGAUUGGUUAUUCAU